AUGUUAAAACAUUCAUUGAGAUUGUUCCCCAGAAACCUCCGAUUUCAUAGCUCUUUUCCAGCCGUGAAAUCGACGAUUUCCAGUGGUAGACAUAAAUACAAGAUUUCAGUGGGUGGAUUGGUAUUAGGUGCACUAGCUGGAGCUUCACUAGGGCUAUCUGAAUGGUCGAUUAAAAAUGAACAGUUUUCCUCCACAACAUCGCUGGAGGAUUUACAGCCUCCACAAUAUUGCCACGACGAAAAAGUGUUCGAUGAAGCGGUGAAAAAACUGAAGGCAAUCUUGAAAGACGACCCAGCGUCUUUUACGGUCUCCAAAGAGGAACUCGACUCGCACUCAGACUCUUAUUUUAACAGCCACCAUGCGACGUCAGAACAGCGACCAAAAAUUAUCCUAUACCCACACAGCACUCAGGACGUUUCGGAGAUCUUGAAAGUAUGCCACGAAUACAACAUUCCUGUCAUCCCAUUUUCCGGUGGUACCUCUUUGGAAGGCCAUUUUUUGCCAACAAGAAUUGGAUGCACGGUGAUGGUGGAUCUGUCAAUGUACAUGAACCAGAUCAUUAAACUGAACGACUUGGACCUCGACGUGGAGGUACAAGCUGGCGUUCCGUGGGAAGAUUUAAAUGAGUUUCUGGGCGAAAAAGGAUUACUCUUUGGUUGUGACCCCGGCCCAGGUGCGCAAAUCGGCGGUUGUAUUGCCAACUCGUGCUCUGGCACCAACGCCUACAGGUACGGAACCAUGAAAGAGAACGUUGUCAACAUCACAGCAGUACUAGCAGAUGGCACUAUAAUCAAGACCAAAAAAAGACCACGGAAAUCGUCUGCUGGCUACAAUUUGAACGGGCUUUUGAUUGGAUCAGAAGGUACUUUAGCAGUUGUCACAGAGGCCACGGUGAAAUGUCAUGUCAAGCCCAUGAAGGAAACUGUUGCAGUGGGGUCUUUUCCCAGUGUAGGAGACGCUGCAGCAUGCACUUCUAGAAUCAUUCAGGAAGGCAUACAACUCAAUGCUAUGGAACUGCUGGACGACAAUAUGAUGAAAGUGAUCAACAAAGGUGGCGCCACGUACAAGACUGACUGGAUAGAAAAGCCAACGCUGUUUUUCAAAAUCGGGGGACGCAAUGACAACAUUAUUGCCGAAGUGGUUAGCGAAAUCAACCGUAUUGCGAAGACGCACGGAUGUCACAAAUUUGAGUUUGCCACGAACGACGAUGAGAAAAUGGAGCUGUGGGAAGCACGGAAGGCGGCGUUGUGGUCAGUGAUCAAUGAGGGCAAAACGAAAGAUAGCGAUAUCAAUGUGUGGACCACAGACGUUGCUGUGCCGCUGUCACAAUUCUCAAAAGUAAUCGAGGCUACUAAAGAGGAGAUGACCGCGAGUGGGUUGCAGAAUGCGAUUGUGGGUCAUGCAGGCGAUGGUAAUUUCCACGCUUUCUUGCUGUACAAUGACGAACAGCGCAGUAAAGCCUCUGAAAUCGUGGAUAAUAUGGUCAAGCGGGCGAUAGAUGCUGAGGGUACCUGUACUGGAGAGCACGGCGUGGGUAUUGGCAAGCGCAAGUUUCUACUGGAAGAGCUGGGAGAUGGUCCUGUUGACCUAAUGAGAUCAUUGAAACUGGCGAUGGACCCCAAAAGGAUUUUGAACCCGGACAAGAUCUUUAAGAUUGAUCCCAACGACGACGAGGAGUGA